AUGUGCACCUCCACAAUCCGCACCUACAGAUGCGGCUGCGUCCUCGAUGAGACCACGCACCGGUGCACCGAAGCCACUAACGCCGAAAGCACCACCGACUUCGACUCCACCACCGAAAAAUGUCCCGGGGUAGUCGUAGAACACACCGGCAGCAUCGACGAGCCGUGCGCCAAGUGCGCGCGACUCGAGGAGGAGCCGGUGGAGGUCUACUCGGACGGGGCGGUGUCGGAGUCCGACGCCGACGCCGAUGGCGAUGGCGAUGCCGACGGGGACGGGUACGAGAACCUGAACAGGACGGGGCCGAGCACCGUGCCUUACGCCUCCGGAGUGUGGGAGCGGAACCGGCUGAUCAUGUAUGACUAUGCGGACUGGGUGAAGUCGAGGGGUUGUCGGCGGCGAGGUGGGCCGCAUGGCGGCAGUGGGAAUGGCCCGCCGCCGCCGCCUUCGGCGGAUGGGUUUGAGGAUGUUAAUGUUGACUGA